CUGACUGACUGACUAGUGCUGUCCAGCCGCCUGAAGCAGUGAGUCUGCUGUGUGCAGCCUUCUGGACUUGGUGGGAGGGGGAGAAGUUUCCCCAAAGACAAGCUUGGAUCACUGAGAAACGAUGCCUUCCUCCUUCAGCCCAGUCUCACAAGCUACUCAGUGGAUUUGCUGAUUUCCGAAAUUAAUUUUCUGCAAGUUAUUCAACGGGACUGAGGAGAGAUUUUAAAGCAGAGGAUGCUCCCACAGGUCAUUCGAAUUCUGUAUGUCUUGUCUUUCUGCUUUUUCCAAGGAGGCUUUAUCAGACUGAGCUCCUGUAAGGAGGAAAUAAAGCCCCCCGCCAGGGCUGGACCAGCGCUGUCGCCCUCUGACUUCCUGGACAAGCUCAUGGGGAAAACAUCAGGAUAUGAUGCCCGCAUCCGACCCAACUUCAAAGGUCCAGCUGUGAAUGUCACCUGUAAUAUUUUCAUCAACAGUUUUGGGUCCAUCACAGAAACUACAAUGGAUUACAGGCUCAAUGUAUUUCUACGGCAAAAUUGGAACGACCCUCGCCUGGCGUACAGCGAAUACCCAGACGACUCCCUUGAUCUGGAUCCAUCUAUGUUGGACUCUAUCUGGAAACCUGAUUUAUUCUUUGCAAACGAGAAAGGAGCCAAUUUCCACGAGGUCACCACUGAUAACAAGCUGCUACGGAUUUUCCAAGAUGGCAGCGUUCUAUACAGCAUAAGGCUGACUCUUGUCCUGUCCUGCCCUAUGGACUUGAAGAAUUUUCCAAUGGACAUUCAGACCUGUACAAUGCAGCUUGAAAGCUUUGGUUACACCAUGAAUGACUUGAUCUUUGAGUGGUUGUCUGAAAACCCCGUUCAGGUGGCUGAUGAUCUCACCCUCCCCCAGUUUGUGCUAAAAGAAGAAAAGGAUUUGGGCUACUGCACUAAGCAUUACAACACAGGUAAAUUCACCUGCAUUGAAGUGAAGUUCCACCUGGAACGUCAAAUGGGCUACUACUUGAUCCAGAUGUACAUCCCCUCCCUCCUCAUAGUCAUCCUUUCUUGGGUGUCUUUCUGGAUAAACAUGGACGCUGCACCAGCCAGAGUGGGUUUGGGCAUCACCACUGUACUGACAAUGACCACACAGAGCUCUGGUUCAAGGGCCUCUCUGCCCAAGGUGUCCUAUGUGAAGGCCAUUGACAUUUGGAUGGCGGUGUGCCUUUUGUUUGUGUUUGCUGCCCUGCUGGAGUAUGCAGCAGUUAACUUUGUCUCAAGGCAGCACAAGGAGUUCAUCAGGCUGAGGAAAAAGCAACGGCAGCAAAGAAUCGGGUUUGCCAGUCAUCCUGGGAGUGUCGAGUCGUUGCGGAAAGAGAAUGACAUCCCUGGUAACAACUCAACCUACAGGAACCUGAAUCAGCACUGCAGCGCCUGUGCCAGGGAAGAGGAACUGGUGAGGGAGAGCCGUGGCUUUUACUUCCGAGGUUAUGGACUGGGUCACUGCCUGCAGACCAAGGAUGGUACCGCUGUGGAGGGAGCCACCGUGUUCACCACCCCGCCUCCUCCGCCGCCUCCUCCUCCUCCUCCAGUUACCUUUUACGACGGAGGGGUACUCCACAAGCGUUUUGUGGAUCGAGCAAAGCGCAUUGACACCAUAUCUAGAGCAGUAUUUCCCUUGAGCUUCCUCAUAUUCAACAUCUUCUACUGGAUCACCUACAAAGUGUUGCGACACGAGGACAUCCAUCAAAAUUUGUAGAACGUUCUUUGCCGACCCAAGUUGCUACAUUUUACAUUUGUUUUUUCUCAGAACCGAAACUGCCUGUCAGAUCUACAUUACAAUGAGGAAAUGUGUCAAGAGGCUUAUCUGCUUCUUAAAACCAUUGCUAAAAAACUGUGUGCUCAGGUGCGUCUUAAGGAUUUCAGACAAAGAGUGAUUAAGCCAAAAGACAAUGUUAAGCUGUGUGGAUUCAGGCUAUGUUCUUUGUAAUUUGCUAACUCUUUUCGGUCUUGAUUUGAUUCGUCUGGAUUACAACAGAGACAAAACAAUGCUGAUACUUGGGUUUAUGACCUUUGUUUGAAAUGAUUAGGAAUUCAGAGAAUGCAAUGUUGAUCCUGCCUGGAUGAGACAUACCAACUUGAAUUUUGACACUACGCAUCUUUGAAUGAAUGUUUUUGAAAAUUCAAAAGAUUUAAGUUUUUUUUACACCUUUAGAUUAUCUAAUGGGUACCAAUGGGUGCUGGUGGGGAAUGGGUCUUUGAUAUUUAUUCAAUAAAUGGUGAUAAUUCAAUUAAAUUGUAUACAUAUAUAUAUAUAAAACAGUGUAUAAAGUGUACAUUAAAGAAGCUGUUCAUUAAACUGCACAAAGCACAAAUAUGUAUUUCAUUUUUGUCUAAAUUUAAAUAAAUUGUUAUUCUGCCAGGAAACCAGAAU